CUCUCAGCGCCACCGGAGUGACCGACACCAGGCGCUUUAAUAGCACCGAAUCACCGAGCAGCUGUUACACACUCAACCGGAGCUCUCUCUCUCUCUCUCUUUUUUCUCCCACACGCUGGAAUUAUAAAUAAGAUCUCCGGUGAACGUCUCGGAAGAGCGAGCGUGAAUGCGCGGCGGCGCGCUCAUGUGACGCGCGCGACUGGUUGGUGUAACGGCGGCGGCGGGCGCUGCUUUAUUAAUGCCCCUCCGCCGGUCAGAGAGGUAAGCGCAAAGAAAUCCUCUUAACACGUUAACUCGUGCUUUCCGUUCAGAUCUCCGAUCGCGUGGAAUCGGUUUAACGGGUUGCGCAGAGCUCGUGACGCUCCGUUGCUGCUGGCGGCAGAUAACCCGGAGGCAUGGGGAAUAUCAUGUCAAUGCAGGAUUCAGUGCAGACAUGCUGCCAUGCUUAAUCUCGCGCUCACACACGCGCGCGCGCGCUCGCACGCGCACACAGCACAUGUUGCGUUGUAGGCUCUUGACGCAACAUCAGCGAAGGAGGCGCACUCAAGCCGUUCCAACUUUUCUCCUCUCCUGUCCUCUCCUCACCUCUCCUAUUCUCAGGAUCUACAGCGGACCCGCAUCAUGCCACGGCGUCUCUCAUCCAUUUCCACAGCUUAGUAUAAGAGAACCAUGACCACUGUGGAGGAAGAACCGGAUCACAUGAUACCAUGAAGAGAAGCCUGCAGGUCCUGCCUAACCAGCUGCUGGGCAUUCUUCUGAUCCUGUCAGUAUCAGAGAAGCUGGUAUCCUUUGCAGAGGAGCACCCCCCCAGCUGGACACCGCGGAGUCUCGUCUCCAUGCUACAUUCGCCAAACCCACCUGGCUUAUGGAAGGGGUCUAGUACUGGUGACCAAUCCACUUUCACAGGUCACAAUGCAGCAGUGUCUGCCCUGGCAUUGAACCAGUUGCAGACGGAUCGCACUACCACGAUGAAGACUAGCUUUGGACCAAGUCCAGUAUCUACAGCGUCAGACUCUGAUCUGGCUGCUGUUGCUGAGGGGCUUCUAAGAACUGAGUAUUCCCAACCAUUGUCCAUAGACACUAAUAACAACCAAGGGAUAAGAGUUGAAGAGUCAACCAACCCCAGUUACCCUUACUCUUCAUGGAUGUCAUCAAGGUUAUCCAUUCCUCCUGUGGAACUGGAAAAAAGCCUCAGGCAGCACGCUCAUGCCAUCACACUGCGUGAUACUGCCACUCAUACUAAAGGCCCCAUAUUUGUUGAAAGUAAGCCUGAGCCACAACGGCAGUCGGCUAGUCUGUCCACAUAUUCUCCCCCCAAAGCGACUAAGCACUCGGAAUCGAAUGGCGUUACCUUCACUACUGUGCCUGCCAGCAUUACUAACAAUGGCAGCUUAGCAAAAACAUUAGGUGGCACAAAUAUGCCUGCUAAUGGAACUAGUGAUCCCUUUUUCUCCAUGAGUGGUGUAACAGACACAGGCACCAGCUCCGUUAAGAGCAGUUUAGGUACAUCACUGAAUAGUCCCCCACUUAUAAAUGAUUCAAGCACCUCUGAGCUUCUGUCAAGAACAAAUGUGAGUAGACUUCCUACCACCCCACAAGGGUCCUUUGGAUCAGGGAACCAGUCAGUCCCUGAUUUUGACUCGGCUGAUAACCGUGCCACCAUUUGUCUGACCAAAAUGGACAUUGUAUGGGUGGUGCUUGCCAUCAGCGUGCCUGUGUCAUCCUGCUCUGUGCUGCUGACAGUGUGCUGCAUGAGAAAGAAGAAGAAGUCAACCAGCCAUGAAAACAACCUGAGCUACUGGAACAACACCAUCACCAUGGACUAUUUCAAUCGCCAUGCUGUGGAGCUUCCUCGUGAGAUACUGCCACUGGAAACUGUUGAUGAACGGGAGACUUGCCUACCCCCUAACGGUGACUACAGCGACAGCGGCGUUGUCCUGGUUAACCCUUUCUGCCAAGAGACUCUCUUCAUCAACAGGGACAAGGCCUGUGACAUCUGAGCAUGUCAACAUUAUCAAAGCUUAUCUGUUUCUUUUUUUUUUUUUUUUAGUUUUUAUUAUUAUUAUUAUUAUUAUUAUUAAUAUUAUUAUUUUAUAUAUAAUUUGGUGAAUAUUCAGAGACCUGAGCUUUAUAUAUAUAUAUAUAUAAGAUAAGAUAUCUAUAGAUGAGUUUAAAAAAGACAAAUGAAUGAAUUAAGAGCACUCUUGCUGUAAGGGUAAGUCCCCUUGCAUAUUUUUCCUGAUGUACAUUUUCUACAGAUGCUUAAUUGUGAUAAGGGUUUUUAUGUCUUUUUUGGAUAAAAGCAGUAUGUAUGUGUGUGUGUGAGUGUGAGUGUGGUUUCCGUGGUGUUCAAGUGGCUUGGAAUAUAAAGCAAUGCAAUGUAUGCUGUAAAGAUGUGUGUGAUCUUACCCAAAACACUUAAAAACUUAAAAGCCUGAUGAACUUGAAUUGCCUCUGUGUGUGUGUGUGUGUGUGUGUGUGUGUGUGUGUGUGUGUGUGUGUGUGUGUGUGUGCGCGUAGUGAUGGAAAAGCAGAUGGCAGUUGUAAUGUGCCUGGGUUCCAGGAGGUACCUAAACCCUGUAUUAUGAUCUGUAGAGAUGUAGGAGUUUGUAGGUAUGUCAGUGAGAUUGAGGACAUUUCGAGUUUUCAGCCCUAGGAGUCACCAGCGCAGGGACUAUUAAAAAAAAGUCUGUAGUCUCGUUGUGGGCAGCACUGUGUUUCUGUGUCCAGUUUGCGUGUGACAUCUAACGCAUGUAUGUAUGUGUGUGUGUGUGUAUUGGUGCGUAUGUUAGAUUAGGAAUCAUGUCACAUGUUACAGGAUACCAGUGUUCAAAAAUGUUCCCACAAUUCACACAUGAUGAUAUUAGCUUGCCUUGUUAAGCUUAUCUGUGUUGGGCAAUUUUGUAUCCUUACAUGCUUAGUGCAUUCUUUCUGUUUAUUUGGAUACAGUGGCACUUUUAUUAGCUCAGAAGGUGAUGUCUCGGAUGCCUGAUGACAAAAAAGCAGUUGUUUUUUAAAGGAGGAUAGGAAAGAAGCCCUUUUUGUCUGUUUGUGUGUCUUUCUGCCGUUUUAUCGUGAGCAUUGAGGUUUGUUCAAUCUCGGACUGUAUUGUUUAAUGCUGAAAGAAUAAGACCAAAAGUUGUCACUCUGUAGUUCUUCUCUGGUGUUUAUUGCUGUAUUGUACAGGUUUUUUUUUUCUUUCUUUUUUUUUCGUUUGGAUGAUUAUGAAUAUAAAACACUGGAUGUAAUAGAGUAAAAGUAUUAGAAUAAGUGAACAAAUCAGAGAAAAUAUUUUAUACUGCAAUAUUUACUUUGAUCAUAUGUAUGAACCUAUUGUUAUUUCACUAAAUCAUAUCUUGAGUCAGCUCAGUAACAGUUUCAAUUGUCUGUGUUUAUCUUUUUUAUAUCUUUUAUCAUCCUUUUAUUUUUUUUUAUUUUACAUAUAGAAAACAUCUAUAGGAGGGAUAUUGGCUUUAUUGAUGAUUGCUUUACAGAGUUAUUAGACGAAGGAAUCACAUUUUCAACUUAUUUUGUAUUGUAGCACAUACACUGUACUUUUUACUGCUGAGCAAUAAAAGAAAAAAUGGUUUAUGGUG